UCUGCAUCUACUGAACGCCUGCAGUCAUGGCUGCACCGAAGGAGAAUUUACUGUCUCUUGGGCAUCUGACCGGCUCAGAAAGAAACACUUUCACAAAACAAAGAGAGCACAGGCAGAAAAAGAGUGUCAACAGGCCCACGCUGUUGCAACCAGACUUUUCAACUCCUCAGAGUCAUCAGCAGCUCAGGGCGAUGCAUCUGCAGCAGCGCUGGCAGGAGCUGAAGGAGAGAGAGCUUACAGCCCAACAUCACAACAGGCAGCUGCUGCAGCAGUUUGAGGAAGCCCAGGACACACUGAGAGAGAUGAUGACCCUCACUGCUGCCAUGAAAACUAUUCGGAUGGAGUAUGAACGGUACCUGGAGGAGAGCUCCCCUCGCUGGCAGCAGCAACUCAAGGAGAAAACACGGCAAGCGGCUCAGAAGAAGAGGAUGGAGGAGUAUUUGAGGUCAUGUCUAAAGAACACAGAGGAACGAGUGACGUCUUCUGCAGAUCGACAUUUACUUUCACAAGGCUCUACUACAAUGCCACACAAUAUAGCUGCACCUCCAAAGCACUACAGCCCAAACAGCCACUUAGACUACAACCAAGAUGGCUCCCCUCAUCUCCCCUACAUGCCCUCUUCCUGGCUGACCCACCCUCAAUCCCAGAUGGCUAGGUUUCCUAUCAGAGCGCCCUAUCAACCUCAGGGUUCCUCUCAUGUCCCUCCAUCUUUCCUCCCACAUCCUCAUUCGUUCCAGCUCCACCACCCCGCCUCCACACCUGGUGAUCGUCACCCCUUGCCCAGGCAGACUCCACCAGGCUGGGCGGCUUCCCUGCAGCCUGACUACCUCUGGUCCUUGGCUGCUGGGAUCCCUUCAGUCUCUGAGGCUCUGUGGGGUCAGCUCUACACGGAGGAGCCUCCUCCUGAGACGGGGGUGGCUGGAGAGGAGGCUGACACAAGCCGAGCACCGAGCUCAAAGAUAGAAAGAGGUGGUGGAGGCAGGAGCAGACAAUCAUCCCAGGAGCUGGACAUCAAACCAGUUCGUCUGUCCGGUGGCCAUGCAGAGAGCAGCAGGGAGUCCAGCCAGGUGAGCAGAGAGAAGAAGAAGAAGAGGCAGGAGAGAGGAAGAUCACAUCGUUCCUCCUCAGACAGAGAAAGUUGCAGCUCUCAGGAGUCAUCUGGGACUUCCAGCGCCGUUGUCAUCGCUGCAGUCACAGUAGCCCAAAGCUCAGGAAGUGACGCCUCAUCAGAGAAAGGCAGAACCAGCACCAGUAGGAGGACGAGGAGGAGAAGUGGGGGGCUUGCUGUUGGAUCACCGAGGGCUGAGAAGGUGGCGAAGGGAAGCAAAGGAGAUGACUCAGGGAGUCACAAAGAGGAGAGUCAGUCUACUAGUGAGGAGGUAGGGAGUCUAAUUGAAGAAUCCAGGAGUAAAAAAGUAGAGAAUGAAAGUCCUGACGAUAAAUCAGAGAGCUGUGGAGAGGAGUCUGGAUCCAAGAGGGAGGAGGAAUCAGGAAGUGUUAGCAUAAAGAUUGAAAAAGGAGGUGGAGAUGAAAUAGAAAAGCAGGAGAGUAGCAGCUCUGAACAAAGCAGUGAUGGAGAAAAGGAUGAGGAAGAUCUAGGAGAUGGAGAAGAUGGUGACGCUGAAGAAAAGGAAAAAAGUCAGACAGAUGAAGAGCAAGAGGAGAGAGAUGUGGAGGAGGAUGAUGAUGAUGAGGCGUCUGAAAGAAAGAAUACAACAGAGGAAGAAGAGGAGACAGGAGCAGAGGAAGAGGUUGAGGAGCAGGGUUCAGAGGUAAAGGGUGAUCGUGAUGAAGAAGAGUCAGACAGCUUAAACAAUGAAGAUGGUGAGGAAGAGAAGAAGGGUUCUGCAUCUUCUCAAGAUGAAGAGGAGGACAAGAAUGAGAGUGAAGGAGGUGAGGAGGACGGGGAGUCAGACGAAGAGGAGCAGAGGGGAGACUUAGCAGGAGGACCAGAGGAGGAAAGAGAUUCAGACGACAGUAUCAUCUCACCACAGGACAAAUCUAAAAAGAUGCACAUCAUUCCCGAGGAGGCAAGUGAAGAUGAGGAGGAGGAAGAGGAAGAGGAGGAGAAAGAGGGGAGUAAAUCAGGAUCUCCUGACGAUGACUCCAAUGAGUUCAGUGACGAGGAAGAUGUUGAGCAUCUACUUGCACCUCAAGAACAAUCACAGAAAAAAGAAGAAAAGGAGCUGAGAGCUGAUGAGAAACCCAAAGCAAUUUGUGACAACGUGCAGAUGUUUCGAGUGGAGCCGGACAAAUCGACAAAGUCUGAUCAUCUCAGUGACUCUGAUGAGUUUGACCACUUUUAUAGCUGAAUAUGUUUGUCUGAACUGCCGAAACUCAGGAAUAAAAGGAAACAACUCUACAUCAGCAUUAAGUGUUACAUCAGAGUAUUAUAUUAAAAACAACUUAUGAAAAAGGAUGUUGAUGGUGGUAACGAUGUUUUUUUCUGACAUCUGAUUGGAAAUGGAUAUUUAAAUGUUGCAUUAUUACCCAUCCAUAACACCACUACAUUAAACUGCAUUAUAUACAU